AUGAAUCUUGAUGAGGAAGGCUGGGCUACAAAGAGAAAUUCUGGGAAACUUAUUUCAACAAAUGCUUUAAUGGAAAAGUUGCGUCUAAAGUAUGCACAAAAACCAUGGAGUGAAACUCUGAAACUUGUACGGAUUUGCAUGGAUAAACCAGCUCAAGGUUCCAGUGCUGUUACUGCAGAUCAUCCAUUAUUUUCUUGCUUGGAGAAGAUACAGAAAACUUUAAAUGCUAAAUCUCUGGCUGCUAUGAUGAACCAACUGGAAUGUUUAUCCAAACAGAAGGAGCUUAACUCCCACAUUAGCCCUAAUGGAACAUCUUGCUAUAUAACUUCGGAUAUGUUCUAUGUAGAAGUUCAGUUGGAGAAGGAUGGAAAGGUGAUAGAUGUAAAGUUGGCUCACCCUGGAGAGGCCCCUGUGAUUUGAAUCUUGCAGCAUCUAAGAAUGAAAGACUAUUCUGCCUUUGGAAAGAUUCUAGAAGACUUGUCAAAUCUGUACCAAAUUCCAGGAAAUAGUGAUAUGAAAGCUAAGGCAUAUCUAGCCUUGCAAUCCCUGGAAAAAGACCUCUGUUCCAUGUCCCUUCUGUACAGCACACAGGAUGUCAACAGAGUUACUGAAGUACUUCAUGGAAAAGUAGGACACUUUGUGCCAAGAACUGGAGGAACCCCUAUGAACAUUGAAUUUUACAUAUCACCCUAUCAAGCUCUGGAAGAAGAACUAAACCCUGGCUCACAUAUAUGUGGAACAAAGCUGUUUGUAACUGUUGGAGGUUCAGACAUGACACACAAGCUUUCUAUUUCUCCAUUGAUUGUGGAUUCCCAGACAGAAGAUGGAAAGCCUGUCUUUUUAACACUGAGUGAUGAACUUGGCAUGGAUUUGCCAGCUUGCUUUUUCUUGAAGUUUCACCAGCCUUCCCCUAUAUCUUCAUCCAGUAUUAAGAAGAUAGAGAAGCUUACAGGCAUUCCCAUUGUUGCCCCGACACUAGCUCCUCUUUAUGAAUUGAUUGUUCAAUUUACCCUUAAUAGGAAGUACAAGGAGGAUUGUUCCAUAAAUAAUUCUCAUUUAAUUGUGUCUCUUCCAGAUUGUCCGAAGCACAGUUAUUUCAUAAAUAAAGGCACAGAAAAAUCAGGGAUCGCAGGAGCAUUGGUCAGUAAAAUUCCAUUCACCCAUCCAAAGUUCGUGCCUGCUAUAAUAGAUAUUCUUCGGCAUCAGAUGGUUUAUAACACCCUUAUUAGCAGCUGUGUCUCUGAGAACAGUAUAAACAAAGAUUAUUCAGAGCUACUUUAUUUUGAAGUGUCUCCAGUAAAAGACACCAGCUUUUCCAUCUCAUUCCAGCAUCCUGUAGGAGUGAAUUUAGCUUGUGUGGUAAUCAAUGUCUUGAGCUGCAAAAAAAUCAAAUGCAGUCUUCGUAUAAAUCCUCAAGAUGCGACUUUAAAUUGCAGCAAUGACUUCAUCACAAGAGUUGUGGAGCGUUGCUUGUCUGUUCCUCUUGUCAUGAGAGCUAUUUUCAAGAAUGUUGUCAACCGAGAAGCAGAUGGUAGAACACAAAAUAUGGAGAUUGUCUGUGAGCAAAAUCCUGAAGUUACCUGUGAGCAAUCAGCAUCCUGUAAUAAUAUCAAAGAAAAUAUGUCUGCAUCCAGCACACACAAUGCCACAGUAACCAAUAUGCAAAACUUAACUGUUACUAUAGAAGAAAGUUUCUCCACUACUAACCUGCAGAUCUCCAGCACUAUUAUGGAAGAAAACAGCUCUACUGCUAGCCAACACUCAUCUGAUGGAAUAGAAGGUAGACAGGCAGGCUGCAGAAAUACUGCAAGCUUCAUCUGACAGCAUGGAAGAGAGUCUUUCUACAGCUAGCCUGCAGACUUCAUUUGAAUAUGUAGAACAAGGUGUCUCUACAGCCAGUGCUGAGUGUGAUGUACAAGAAAUCCCAGGAUAAGUGUACUAAAUAUUGUCUAAUGUAAAUCUGUUAUGAUUCCACAUCAACUGUUUUAUAGAGUGAACAACCAGCAGAUCAUUCCAAGGCUUUAAGCAAAAGAACUGACUGCUUCUGGGAAAUUAAGUCUCUUCUGCUUUCAUAUUCUAAGUAAAAAACCCCCUGUUAAUAUGCUAGAAUUUGAGAAUUUAAAUACAAAUUUGGAAAAUUUAAUUUUACUUUAAGAACUUUACUUUAGUCAAUGCUAAACAGCAGCAGGUAUUUCUUAGAAGACGGGGAACUAAUGUAUGGUGUCUAAAGUUUUGUUGCUUUAACCUUAGGUAUUCACUUUGAUAAACAAACCAUACAAAAACCAACUGUAUCCUUCUGUUUACAGUAGCUUUCUCCCCAUCUUUAUUUUUUAAUGUUCUGUGUGAACCAUAUUAGGUGAGCACGACUGUGCACAUACAUGUGAACAAGAGUAAAUCCUUUAUAAUUGCACAAUUCCACAUUUUUAUUUUUUUUUUUUAAGUUCCCUAAAAAAUGGAAGUGUGACUGUGUAGUUAACGAAAAGCUUCUCCAACUGAGGAAAUGAAAAAUUAAAGGACGAACUGCAUAGGGCCUGUGAUCAUUACAGGUGAAUGAAAAUAAUUACAUUUACAAGUUACAAAGCUUCCAACUGCUGCAGGAAUGAUUAGCCUGAUAGUUAACUUGAAAAUAUAAAACUGUUAUUUAUUAUGAAAAUAAAGUUAAGGUAAA